AUGUUUGUUCGUCGCGUGCACACCGCGCUAGCGUUGCUCGCGUUAGCGACCGUCGCACACGCUAUGAUUGACGAUGCACUCGACGUAAUCCGUCUGGGCAAAGAAAUCGGCGAGGAAGUGCUUAACUCCUGGGAUCUUAUAGGAAAACCAUUCAAUGUGUCCGGCGGCGUCGAUCUGCCUCUCGUCAGAAGGCGCGAACGAGAAGUUUUGGCCCGAUUGGCACAGGUGACGAGAAGUAUUGAAAGACUCGAACUUAGAAUACAGAAGAUGGGGUCGAUGGCGAGGCUGCUUGCAAAAGCGGGAGGACGAGGCGCUAGAUUAGAGUUGCGGUUGCAUGAGAUGGCGGAUCUCUUGAGCCGGGUGGCAUCAGCUAACAGAAAGAUGCGAGAAUACGUGAGAUUGCAACAGGAGUUGGAGAGGGCAACACUGGAAGACUUCGCGGAGUGGUGUGUGUCGCACGACUCGGGGGCACUGCCCAGUCUUCUUGAACGUGUUCACUCUCUGAUAUCGCCUCCGCAUAAGCACUUGUUGGGAAGAAGUAUUCUGCAGCUAGUGUUGGAUGAUUUGGAGGUUGGUAUAGCCACGUUAGCAAAUAGGGACAAAUAG